AUGUAUCCAGGACGAGGCGGCUAUUCAGGAUCACGAGCAGCAUAUAUACCUGGUGCUUCAUCUCGACGUGUCUACCGUUCAAGUUAUCGUCGGCCAAGCAGCCGUUAUGCUUAUCGACCCCGAUUACCACCACCAGUAGUACCAGCUGGACGAGCACCUGGCGGUGCUGGUCUUCUUGCUGCUAUUCUUGGACCUAUUGGUGGUCUUACUGGAUGUUUAUGCUGCCUGAAUACCAUCGGCAUUUGGGGUCUUUUCAUCACGGCUAUUCCGUUGACUGUCUUCAUCAGUCGAUGGUUACGUGAUUAUAAGAAUCGUAAUGGCUUAAACGGUGCCGGCGAACUUCUUGCUCCUCAAUUGCUUCUUCUUGUAUUGCUCACAACUAUUAUUUCCGCUGCUCUCGGUCCAGUAGGUGGUCUUGCCUGUUGUGCAUGCUGUUUGAUUAUUGCUGCUAUUUGGGGUCUCUUUGCCACAACAAUUGCCUUGGCUGUUUAUACGAGAAAGUGGGUAGAUGCAGUAAAACAGGCCAAUGGUUUAGGAAGUGGAGUUGAACAAAUGAUUUUUAGUCAAGCUCUACUUAUAGGAAUCCUAUGCAUUUAUGGAUUUCUUGGACUUCGGCGAGCACUGCGCUCUGCUAAUUAA